UGAGAUAUACUAUUCAAGUGCCCCAAUACUUAUUCUCUUUUGCCUUUCACCAAAAACUAUAUACCAUAUGGCUUUUCCAAAAGAAAACAUGGAAGUUGAAAUCUUGUCCACUAAGUUCAUAAAACCAUCUUCACCAACUCCAAAUCAACUCCAAAGUUACAAGUUAUCUUUCUUUGAUCAAAUAGCUGAUGAAGCACAUUUGCCUCUUGUUCUUUUCUAUCCUCCUACCAACAAUACUGAUUAUGCAGCUCAUGAAGAACAAUUUGAACAAUCCCUUUCUAGAAUUUUAACCCAUGUUUACCCAAUUGCUGGCAGAUUUACCGAGGAUGACUCGAUAAACUGCCAGGACCAAGGGGUUAAAUUUGUAAAAGCCAAGGUAAAUAGUAACCUCAAUGAAUUUCUUGAGAAAGCACACAAAGAUGUCAACCUUGCAUUGCUUUGUUGGCCUAAAGAUACUUGGAAUGUGGAUGAGAGUAACAUACUCAACAUGCCAAUUGUCAUUGUGCAAAUCACGGAAUUUGAGUGUGGUGGCUUGGCUCUAUCUAUGAGCCACGCACACACCGCGAUGGAUGGUUUCACAACUUUCACUUUUAUUAACGAGUGGACUAAAGUGUGCAAAUUGGAGAUUCCUGCAGAGAAGAUCGAUUUCUUGAGCUUUAAUUUGCCUGACGUUUUCCCAUCGAGGGAUUUAUCGAAACUUCUCUUGCCCCGUUGUCCCCAAGAAGAUCGUAUGGACGCUAAAUUAGUAGCCAAAAGGCUAUACAUCAAUGAGGAUUCCAUUUCAAGGCUCAGAAAAGAAGUCGGAGAUAUAUGCUUUAAGCCCUCAAGAGUUGAAAUGAUCAUAGCACUCCUAUGGAGGUCUUUGAUCCGUGCUUCAGAAAAGAAACACGGGCAUCUGAGACGUUCCCUAAUAGGUGUCCCAAUAAACAUGCGCCCUAAGCUGAUUUCGUUACCUCAAGUAGAAAAAUCUUUUGGGAAUCUUGUAAUUGACGCCCCUGUAAAAUUUGUACCCGGAGAGAACAACAUGGAGUUGAAGACCUUUGUAACAUUGAUUCGCGAAACGGUGAAGGAAACUAUAAGCGCGUGUGACAAGACUUCACCAGACGAUGUAGUGGCUGCAGUGGCAAAUUUAUAUAAUGGAAGUUUCAUAUCACCCGAGUGGGGAGGAAGUGAUGAAGUUGACAUGUACACAAGUUCAAGUUUGUGUAGGUUUCCUAUACAAGAGGCUGAUUUUGGUUGGGGAAAACCAUGUUUGAUGCAUUUUGGGUCAAGGCAUAAUCAGUGUUGCUGGUUGUAUGAUGCAGAAUGUGGCAAUGGGAUUUGUGUGCAAAUGGACUUGAAGGAAGCCAAUGUGCAAUUAUUUGAAUGUGAAGAUGAUAUCAAGGCUUUCUUUGAGUUUUAGCUUCUAAGUGUUCCUUUUUUUUUAAAUUUGUGUUUGCUUUUUGUUUUUGAAUUUGGUCCAAAAAAUGGCAUUUGAAAGUGAGCGUGUAUUGGCAGCACAAUUAAAAAGUUUUUCUUGUUAUUAGUAAUAUUUUGUUAGCAGAAAUUGUGAUUUCACCGAUUUUGUAUUAGUAGCAUAUAAUAAAAAAGUUUCCCUCGUUACUAGAGAA